GAAGCUAUCGUGAUUCGGUUCGAACAACCUGUCUUUUUACGAUCAAACAAAACGGGUUGAGAUUGCACUCAAAGGUCAAAAGAAGUUGCAGCUAUGUUGGGACAUGAAGAGAAUUUGCAUACAACUCAGAAAAUUAAGGAAGAACCUGGCCAGUGCAGUGUUUCUUACAGCCCUCAGGAAUGUUCUAUUAAUUUAUUGAUUUUUCCAUCGACAAAACCAAACUCUGAAUCAUUUUUUCCCCUAAAAGAAAUGAAUGACAAGGGACAUGUGAACAGAUGUAUAGGAAUGCAAGAAUAUGAGUUUGACAGUUUAAAGGAACAUUUGGAAAAUAACAACAUGGACAUAGAAUAUAUAUGUGGAUGUUGUGGAAAGAAUUUUGAUUUAGUUUCAUUGAGGACACAUUUGGAAAUUAAAACAGAAGAAGUCAAAUUGGGAAAAAAAAUUAAAAUACAUAAGAAAGAAAUGUCAUAUGAAUGUGAUCAGUGUGGAUUAAAAUUUAAUGACAAUACCGAUUUGAAAAGACAUCUAAGGAUACAUAUAGGAGAGAGACCACAUGAAUGUGAAUAUUGUGGGAAGAAGUUUAAAAAAUGUUCUGAUUUGAAAGAACAUGAAAAGAUACAUACAGGAGAAUCUACAUAUGAAUGUGAACAGUGUGGAAAAAAAUUCUACAGGAGUAGCCAUUUAAAACAACAUUUAAUGACACAUACAAAAGAGACUCCACAUGAAUGUGAACAUUGUUGGAGGAAAUUUAAAUAUUGUGGCAGUUUGAAGAGACAUAUAAAGAUGCAUACGGGAGAGAGACCAUAUGAAUGUGAACAUUGUGGAAAUAAAUUCAAAUCAGCCAGCCAUUUGAAAACACAUAUAAGGGUACAUACUGGAGAGAGACCAUAUGAAUGUGCACAUUGUGGAAAGAAAUUUACACAAUGGACCAGUUUGAAAAGACAUAUAAGGAUACAUUCAGGAGAGAGACCAUAUGAAUGUGAACAUUGUGGAAAGAAAUUCAAAUUAGUUGGCCAUUUGAAAACACAUUUAACGGUACAUUCAGGAGAGACUCCAUAUGAAUGCGAAUAUUGUAAAAGGAAAUUUAAAUACAGGAUAAAUAUGGAAAGACAUUUAAGGAUACAUGGAGACACACCAUUUGAAUGUAAACAUUGUGGUAGAAAAUGUAAAAACAGUAGCUCUUUGAAAAUACAUUUAAGAAUACAUACAGGAGAGAAUCCAUAUAAAUGUGAACAUUGUGGAAAUAAAUUCAAAUGUAAUGGUAGUUUAAAAUUACAUUUGAGGACACAUACAGGAGAGAGUCCAUAUGAAUGUGAACAUUGUGGAAAGAAAUUCAAAUCAGCUAGCCCUUUGAAAAGGCAUUUUAGGAUACAUUCAGGAGAGAGACCAUAUGAAUGUGUACAUUGUAGAAAGAAAUUUAGACAAUGUACCAAUUUGAAAACACAUUUAAAGAUACAUACAGCAGAGAGACAAUAUGAAUGUGAACUUUGUGAAAAGAAAUUUAAAUACAGAAGAAUUAUGGAAAGACAUUUAAGAAGACAUGGAAAUACCAGAACACCAUUUGAAUGUGAACAUUGUGGGAGGAAAUGUAAAUACCAUAGCUCUUUGAAAGUACAUUUAAGGAUACACACAAGAGAGAAUCCAUAUGAAUGUGAAAAUUGUGGAAAGAAAUUCAAUUGCAGUGGUAACUUAAACCGACAUUUAAGGACACAUACUGGGGAGACGAGUUCCGGAGAAAAACCAUAUGAUUGUGAACAUUGUGGAAAGAAGUUCAAAUUAGAUAGCCAAUUGAAAAGACAUUUGAGGGUACAUACAGGAGAGAGGCCAUAUGAAUGUGUACAUUGUGGAAAGACAUUUUCUAGUAGUACUAAUUUGAAAACACAUCUAACAAAACAUACAGGAGAGAGACCUUAUGAAUGUGAACAUUGUGAAAAAAAAUUUAAAAGCAGGAGCAAUUUAAAACAACAUUUGAAGAUACACACAGGAGAGACUCCGUAUGAAUGUGAACAUUGUGGAAGGAAAUUCCACAGGAACGGCCAUUUAAAACAACAUUGGAGGACACAUAUACAGGAAGGACAGAAUGUGAACAUUGUGGGAGGAAAUUCCAGAGGAACGGCCAUUUAAAACAACAUUGGAGGACACAUAUGCAGGAAGGACCGAAUGUGAACAAGGUGGGAGGAAAUUUAAACAUUGUACUGUACCAAUUUGAAAACACAUAUAAGGAUACAUCCAGGAGAGACUCCAUGAAUGUGAAUAUCGUGGAAAGUAAUUUAAACAAUUUGAAAACACUAAAGGAUACAUACCCGGAAGGCUCCUAAUAUGAAUAUUGUGGGAAGAAAUUUUAAACAACGUGACAAUUUGAAAAUGCAAGUAAGGUUUAAUGUAAUACAGGAGAGUCCAUGAAUGUGAACAUUGUGGAAAGAAAUUCAUUGACAAUUUUAAAUGUGACUUGAAAAUCCAUGCACAUGAAAAGUGAUAUGAAAAAAAAAUAUCAAAGUUGAAUACACAUUUUUCUUUUAUAGGAACACAUUUUAUUAAAAAAACACUUAGGCUGAAUUUGCCUUAAAAGUAAGAACAAAAUAUUAAGAACAAAUUGAGAUUGAGUGAAGUAAAAUGUCGAAAGAGGUUUUUUAUUUCAAAAUACAGUAAUGAAAAAAACAACAAAUUGUAGAUGUACAGUAGUUUAUUUGCAUUAAGUGUGACCAUAAAUAGCCUUUUAAUUAAUACAAAGGCAAUAAUGUACUGCUGUACAAUAAUAAUUUUCUAAGUUUGGAAAGUGUGUAAAAAUCAUUACUCUAUUCAUGCCAUAUUCAUCCAAUAGAAAGCUCAAUAUUUAAUUCAAAAGGAAUAUUUGGUCAUUAAUAUUGCAUCAUGAAAUAAUAUUUGGAACAUUUUAUUAUUAUUAUUAUAUAUCAUUUAUACAGCAACCUUUCUAGAUAUAGACACAAAGAGUUUCUUUAUUCCUGGUCAUGGGUCACAUGCUUUUAAGUGUUGCUGCUGGUAAACAUCGCAUGAGUACUCUUGGGUGGAGAGAAGCAAUUCAGAUAAAGUGCCUAUUUGAAGGACAAAAACGAAAUGUACAGUGAGGGAUUGAAACACCGACCUCCAGGUUGAGAAACCAAACCGUUCCUGCUGCACCAAACCGUUUUUUACAACAUAUAAAACUAUUGUUGUUUUAAUUACAUUUUUGCUGAUUUCAUAUAAAUAAAUUGUACAGUAUUUGCAUUG